AUGAAGAAUGGAGAGAAGAGUCAGGAUUGGACACAAUUGCAUGGAAAUUGUGGACGCACGGUGGAUGCAGGGAAGAAGGAGAAUGAGGGAAAUACUAAAAGAAUGGAUGGAUUACAAGGAGAUUCUGAGGUCAUCACUUUUUUGUACUGCCGUGAAUGCGGAGCACAGUUCGUGGAAUGGUACGAAUUGGUGAACCACCAAGAAAAUGCCCAUAAUGUCUUUAGAUGCAAAACUUGCUAUAAAGAAGAGACUUCCGUGGAGGACUUCGAGUAUCAUCUUCAACAGCACGGAGGAUUUAAGUUGUUCAUGUGCAUGAAUUGCCAGGACACUUUUUCCUCCCUGUACAAUCUCAAUAAUCACCUCGCAAGUCACUUGGCUGAGAACGCGGAGAGCGUAUCAUCGUUGAGCGAUAAAGAUUGCUACGAGACACCGAUUGAAUUGAGAGGAGAAAAGGCAAAGAUAAUAGAGCCUGAGAGUGCUGACGAAGAAGUUGUGGAGAUUAUUGAGUCACCAAAACCAGCUGACGAAGAGGAUUCCAACGAUUCGGAGGACACUGAUGAUAAUGUGAACGUUGCGCAAGUUCUUAAGCGUUCUUGUUCUGUCCUUCUCGAGCAGGUGAACACGGAAAAGAUAUUUAAAUGCAGUGAGUGUCCAUACACCUGUAAAUACCGCAGUGGUCUCAUGCAACACAUGACAAUACACAGCGAUGAGAGACCCUUUGAAUGUGAUAUUUGUGGAAUGACUUUCGGCGCAAAGGCAAGAAUUCGCAGCCACAUGAGGACACACACGACGAACUGCUUAUUCUGCUAUAAAUGCGGAAAAAUCUUAUCUAUGAGGGAUGGAUUCAGAAAAUAUUGUAAGAUACACGAUCCAGUGAAGAAUAUUGUGUGUGACUGGGAAUCCUGCAAUUACAGCACACAUUUGCGUGAAAGAUUACAGAGUCAUCGCCGAAUUCACACUGAUGAAAAAUCAUUCGCGUGCGAGUUUUGUGGCGUCAAAUUUAGGAGGAAUCAGCAUAUGAAGAAUCACAUUGCUUCUUUGCAUAAACCCCACAGUAUUCCUCGCAAGCAUUGUGGGAAAAAAUUUUCUACCAAGGAGAUUGUAAACAAUCACAUCCUACGAAAUCAUCCUGAAAAGACGAUUUCAUGUCCAGUAUGCAAUAAGAAGUAUGGACUUGCCGAAGCCAGGAAACGUCAUAUGAUACGCUUUCAUCACUUGUGA